AUGACGCCAAAAUUCUUUGUCAGAAGUGAGCUUCCAGGCAUUGAAGUCUCUAACAAUGUAUCUGCAGAAUUUGGAGAUAAUAUUGUACUUACUUGUAACUUUACCAUCAGUCAAGCCGCUUCUAAACGGACUAAACUAACCAAGCUGAUGUGGGCCAAAGAUGGUCGGCUUAUUGAAGAAGUUCUUUACCCAAAAGGACAGUCGCUUAAAUCCCUCAAGGUUUAUGUGGACCGUCCUGAAGUUGGUGGUAUCUACUCUUGUCACUUGACAUCCAAGCUAAGAAAUGUCAAGGAGUAUAAUGUUACUGGUAGCAUCUAUGUGUCAGUUCAGCCUAGAUUUUUCCCUGAAAGGAAAAAAGAAAAGAAAAUGAAUCGGCUUGUGUGCACUGCUCAGGGAAAUCCACUGGUGACCGAAUGGAAAAGAAAAAAUCUUCACAACGAUGACAUCUGGGUCUUGGAUACGAAAGAUAACUCAUCCAAAGGAAAGUACGUUUUUUCUAACAUGGAUGGCUUCAAGGAUCACACCUUGACCAUCUAUGACGUACAACCUAAAGACGCCGGCCAGUAUUAUUGCUGCAUCAAGAACAUCACAAGUCCCAGACCCCCCGAAGAUAUCAGUAACUGUCAGAUCUUUGACGUCCAACCUCCAGGUUCUGUAGUUGGCAAAGCAAGUCUCACGUUUUCCAUCAUUCUCCUCGACCUGCUGCUGAAUUGGUUGCUGUAAUGAUCACGUGACUAYUCCACCAGGUCACGUGAUGCCCGAGGAUGGAAGUGCAUCCAUCAUUUGACCAAAGUAUUUCCUUUCAAUAAGAUAAAGUGCACUCGUAUUCUUAGUGCUGAAUUGUAUAGAAUGCCUUCAUUGUACUAGGGUAGCAUGGGUGGCCUCUCACCACUGUGGUCAUGGUUCGAGCCCUGGCUCAGACUGGAUCAUAAGUGAGUUGAGUUUGUUUGUUGUGUUGUUCUCUCCCUUGCCAUGAGGGUUUUCUACGGGAUCUCCAGUUUCUUCCCUCCGUAAAAAUCAACAUGUGAGUUGAGUGCUGUAUAUUGUAA